AUGAGGUUUUUUUCAAUACUUGCUGCGGCCGGGUUUGUCACAGCGCAGCCGUCCAUCUACGAACGGCAAGUCGCCACCAUCGUAGGGGUGUUGAGCCAAAUCAAUACCGAUACUCAGGCACUUGACACCGCUGUAAAAGGAUUCAACGGCGCGGGAGAUAUCCAAAGUCUGCAAGCUGCAGCCGAUAAGGUGGCUACCUCGGUCACAAAUGGCGUCCAAACUGUCAAUAGCGCGACCUCAAUCUCCCUAACGGACGCCCUUCAACUUCAAAGUCAAGUCCAGAACUUGCAGUCAACGAUUGAGAGCACCGUCAACGAUCUGAUUUCGAAGAAGAGUGCCCUUGUGUCGGCUGGUGCGGGCCCGCAGGUCUCACAGAACUUGAACGCGCAACUCUCUGGCUCUCAACAACUCGCGACUGCAAUCUCGGGGAAAGUUCCGUCUGAAGUCGCAACGUUGGCUGGACAACUCGCUUCUGGAAUCACAAGCGCAUUGCAGAAAGGCGUCAAUGCCUUCCAGGACGUGGGAGCCGCGAGCACGACUGCUAGUGCUGUAGCGACCGCAUCAGAAAGCCGUUCGGCAAGCGCAAAGACUACGGAGGCUGCAAGCACAAAGGCAAGCCAGGUAGCCAGUACGAGGACCAGUCAGAGAACGAGCGCAACGUCAAGCCGAAAUCCGGCAACUUUUACAGGUGCAGCCAUGCCGCAAGCCGUCGUUGGAAGCUUUGCUGGAGUAGCUGGUCUGCUUGCAAUAGCAUUGUAG